UCAAUCCAAAUGUCCUAACCACCUUGCCCGUGCACACGCACAAGAAACCUCUCUUCUUAUACGCCUUCUCCCUCGAUCUGCUCCUCUACAAGUUCUUGCACGCUGUAGUCGUCCAGGUCCAGAUCCGAUCCGUUGCUGCUCCGACUCCGACAAUAUGGGCGUGUUCGAGCUGCGCAUCGAGCAGCAGGGGGAGCCGUCGCUGGUACCACCGGCGGAGGAGACGCCAACCGGCCUCUACUACCUCUCCAACCUGGACCAGAACAUCGCCGUCAUCGUGCAGACCGUGUACUGCUUCAGGGCGGCUGACGACGGCGGCGCCUGCGACGUGCUGAGGGAGUCGCUGGCGAAGGUGCUCGUCCACUACUACCCGCUCGCUGGGCGGCUGGCGAUCUCAGACGAUGGGAAACUGGUCGUGGACUGCACCGGCGACGGCGCCGUGUUCGUGGAGGCCGAGGCGGACUGCGCCAUGGCGGACAUCGGCGACGUCACCGACCCCGACCCCUCCGUCCUCGGCAGGCUCGUGUACAGCGUCCCCGGCGCCAAGAACAUACUCGAGAUGCCGCUGCUUGCAGCCCAGGUGACCAAGUUCAAGUGUGGCGGCUUCGUGCUGGGGCUGGCCAUCAACCACUGCAUGUUCGACGGCGUCGGCGCCAUGCAGUUCGUCAACUCGUGGGGCGAGACGGCGCGCGGCCUCCCGCUGUCGCUCCCGCCGGCACUCGACCGCGCCGUCCUCCGCGCGCGCGACCCGCCGCAGGUCGACUUCCCGCACCACGAGUUCACGCAGAUCACCGACGACGACGACGACGACGACGGGGAGGACGAGGAGGACCCACUCCUGCACCGCUCGUUCCGGUUCACGCCGGCGUCCAUCGCGCGCCUCAAGGCGGCGGUGGGGGCGCUGGAGGAGGGCCGGCGCGCGUGCACCACGUUCGAGGCGCUGGCCGGGUUCGUGUGGAGCGCGCGCACGCGGGCGCUGGGGAUGCGCCCGUCGCGCCGGAGCAAGCUGCUGUUCGCGGUGGACGGGCGGCCGAGGUUCUCGCCGCCGCUCCCCGCGGGGUACUUCGGCAACGCCAUCGUGCUGACCAGCGCGGCGUGCCCCGCGGGGGAGCUGGCGUCGUCGCUGCCGCGCGCCGUGCGGCUGGUGCGCGGCGCCGCGGCGGCCGUGACGGACGUCUACAUGCGGUCCGCGGUGGACUACUUCGAGGCGACGCGCGCGCGGCCGUCGCUGGCGUCGACACUGCUCAUCACGGCAUGGUCUAGGCUGCCGUUCCGCGCGGCCGACUUCGGCUGGGGCUCGCCCGCCGCGUGCGGCCCUGCAGCGCUCCCCGAGAAGGAGGUGGCGCUGUUCCUGUCGUGCGGGGAGGAGGGAGGCGGCGGCGUCCGCGUCCUGCUCGGGCUGCCGCCCGCGGCCAUGGCCGAGUUCCAGCGGCUCGUGGAGGAGGUCACCGCGGCCUGAAGGACGACAAGAUGACGAAUCCGCAUGUAUACGCCACUGCUGCGUGUCAUUUGUGUGUGUGUGUGUGUGUUUUUUUUUUUGAAAACUUGUUGUUUGUGUUGCUGGUGGCAGUGCUAUGUUCUAGUGAACACGUCCUUGUUAUUGAUGACAUUUUAAUGAACGCACAAUACUCGUUCGAGUCUGGCAA